AUGGAGUCGGAUAUGUCGAGUCACUACCAGAUGAUGGAGGAGUUGGGGAGUGGAAGUUUCGGGACCGUGUACAAGGCGAUUGAAAAAUCUACCGGGGAGAUCGUGGCCGUGAAGCAUAUCGAUCUCGAGUCCAGCGAAGAUGACAUCCAGGAAAUCCAGCAGGAGAUCUCCGUCCUGGCGACAUGCGCGAGCCCGUUCGUGACGCAAUACAAAGCGAGUUUUCUGCGCGGACACAAGCUGUGGAUUUUGAAACCGGGCGUAUUCAACGAGGCGCACGUCGCGAUCAUCUGUCAGCAAUUGCUACUCGGAAUGGACUACCUGCACAGCGAGGGAAAAAUCCACCGCGACAUCAAAGCCGCCAACGUCCUCCUGUCGCAUACGGGGAAAGUCAAGCUGGCGGAUUUCGGAGUCGCCGCGCAGCUCAUCAACAUCAAGUCCCAGCGGAAUACCUUUGUCGGCACGCCGUUCUGGAUGGCGCCCGAGGUCAUCCAGCAAGCGGGGUACGACUACAAGGCGGAUAUCUGGUCGCUGGGAAUUUCGGCCAUUGAGAUGAUCAACGGAGAACCGCCGCAUGCUAGCACUCACCCGAUGAAAGUGCUUUUCCUGAUCCCCAAAGAACCGGCUCCUCGAUUGGAAGGCAACCAGUACAGCAGCGCAUUCAAGGACUUCAUCUCGCAAUGCCUGACGAAGGAUCCGGAUCGACGACCGAGUGCGAAGGAGCUCCUCCGACACAAAUUCAUCCGGAACGCGGGGAAGACUGAAGCGCUGCAGGAGCUAAUCCAGCGGAAACAGGACUGGGAUGGCGGACGAGGGGUGUCGCGGAACGUCAAGUACUAUGCGGAGUCACUUAACACCAUCACGCACUUGCAGGACGACGACGGAUGGGUAUUCGACACCGUGAAAGCGCCGACGAUGACGAUCCCCGAAGACCCAUACGAUAUGGACGAGCCAGAGCCAGAGCCCGAAUACUACCCAUACGAGGAGGAGCCAUCCGAGAUAAUGGAAAAUCUGCACAUCUCGAGUCCACCUCAAAAGCAGCCGCUCUACGUGAACACGGCCGUUAGACGCACUCCCGCCCCCGACCGCAGCCCCUCGAUACGACGAACCACCAGGAAGCGACGCUCAAGCGGAGUAAAGCAGCCUUUGGGCGUGGAUUUGACCUUCGGCAACAGUCCAUCGGCAGCCCGUCAAUUCCGUCGAGUGUCGGAAAAAAUGCCGGGCGACAGUCCUUAUGCGACGUCGUGUCCAAUUGCGUCGGAUGAGAACUUCAGUCCCAAAUAUGUCCAGUCGCCCGACACAAACAGCAAGGAAACCCAACUAGGACGUCGAGCAUACAGCAAAGCCGUCGGAAUAGCCUGCCAGGAGGUGCUGGGAACGACCGGCGACCAGGAGAAGCGAGAGGCCAUUUCGCGACUGGCCGAGGCCUGGAGUGACCUGGAAAUGGUGGACCCUGAGGGUCUGUAUCAUAUCCUCAGAGCCACAAACGAGCGACUCCAAGCAGAUCCGAAGCUGUCAACUCUUGUUCCACAAACUCCACCAGCACCCGAAUCCCCACAAAGGCCACGACUAGUUUUGGCGCAAAAUAACCCACAUCUAAAAAGCCACCGGCGGCGUCAAUCGUCGGUAGUGACCGACUCGAACCUGCAGCCGGCGCAGCUAGCGAAUCUUCCGGGUCAACAAGUGCCCGGGAUGGAGCACACCAAGCAACUUUCGGACGUGCUUUAUCAACGGUGGUCCGAAGGCCUUCGUAAUCGUUGGCCAGGGCUUUAA